ACAUUUCCUGAUCGGCAGCUGUUCGGUUCCGCUUGUAGGCUGCGGCCGGCGGUUGCCGAAAACGGAAGAAGGAGAAAGUGCCCACCCGCGUUAACCGGUGUUCCGUGUCGUAAGAAGGUCCACAGUCGCUUUAGGACGUCCAUACAUUCUCUACCUCGAUCUCUGGUGCGCCAGCGGGGGUGUUUGCGCUGCCACAGCGCGAUGACCGAUUCCAACGUGAGCCGUGGAGGCGCGAACCCAACUACCGUGUUUACAUUCUUGUGCGUAGCCGCAGCCACUCGCCUUCUUCAUAUUGCCACCUGUUCCGCGUCGGUAUUAGUACAACAGUGUCACCUGUAGCAACGGCGGCUCCGCGAACGCGCGCGCCCAACGAUGGUGAACUUUGCCAAGGCGCUCGUCACCAAGGUGUGGAAGUUGGUGUUGGGGUUUUUCGGCGUCCUUCGCCGUGCAAUGUGCUGCUUCCGAAAGCGCCGCAGGGCAUCUGACGUCGGCCUGCCCGUCUACCUCACGGCUCACGGGACAGAGCCAUGCACCGUACAGCGGCUGACGGAUGAUCUCCAGAGUUGGGACUCCUGGAACGAAGAGAACGGGCCUGUCUCAGUGCAAGUAGACUCUUCGGGGAACCAGGGUACCACAGGGGGUGCCCAGAGGCACGCUGCGGCUGUCAAUGGCCCUACGAGCGGAUGGCCGUCUGGCCCUGGCAAUCGUGGUUCUGGGGACCAGAGAAGGGACUCGCAGAGCGACGACGACGUGGACUUCUUCAAGGACAUGGCACCCACCAACAUCCGGCAGAAGAAGUACAUACCUCGGGCUGAAGACGGUCUCGGAGCGAUGCCCGGUGCUGGUUUCUCUAGUCGUCUCAAGUUCGAUGCAAGGGCCGUGCUGCCGUACCAGGGUGCAGAAUUGGGUGUGCUUGAGGACCAUGACGACACUCCGGAAGCCAGCUGGGAGGACCAGGCAGAGCUGGAGGUGGACUCUGCGAUCCGCGAGAAGCGCCAAGCCGAGAGGGAGCGCCGCAUUGCGGAGCACCAGCGGAGGAAACGCGAAAAGGAGCAGCUGCGCACCGGUACAGGCAACGUUGCUCCAACUGCCAGUGGCGGUGGCCCGCAUUCUUCGCCACCCAGCACUAGAAGGAAGGUCUUCUAGGGGGCUGUUGUCGCUGCUCUUCUCGACUACAAUGCACACUCGUUGGGAGACCAGGAAUGGGCCCCUGCCUUUGUUGGCUUUGCGAUCGGUGGUGCCAAGCUACAAGCGAGGGUGUGGUUGCCCCUUCAACAAUACGCAGCACAACUCCUUGUCGUGCCCGUGCAAUGCCAACACUAACUAACUGCCCAGUGACGUGUGCCUGUGACCAAGUGACCGGUGGCGCGCAGUUUGAAAUGCCAGGACCCUGAAGGAAUGAUCUUUUGUUAUCCUCAUAUUGUUGGCGUUCAAGCUCAAGGAUAGUACGUUCUCGACUGUGCAUCGGUUCAGUUUUUCAAGUCUCUGCACAAUGCACAACAGUCAUCCAAAAAAACAUUGACUGCAGUGUAUGGGAUGCAGUGUUGACCUCCCUUCUUGCACUAGAGAAUGUAUUAUUCCACUUUUCUUUUUUUUCUUUUUUUACAACAGUUAGUAGGAGUGUUGUUAGAGAUUUAUAGUUUGGGUGUGUGUUGUGUAGUACCUAGGUGACUCAUUUGGAGCGUAGAUAUGUGGCACUUGGUUGACACGGAAAUCGACAUUCUGAGCAAGCGAGAAAGGGGAUGACGAACAUUGGAUGCGGACACUUUUGUUUGCCAUCUGCUCUUGUUGUAAGUGCCGUUUCUGUGAGUAUUCAUGUCUUUAGUAUUCUCGUGCAGGCCAGCUGAACUGUGCGGCACAUUGGUGUAUUUUGUUCCUCCAGUGUUGCCACAUCUGUGAGUGGGAACGACCAGAUUGGGAGCAGCUCCUCUGCCUGUGAUAGAAUGUGUCACAUGUGACUGUGUGAAUGCAUCACAGAUGUCACUGUGUGAAUGCAAUGCAAUGUGAAUGCGUCACAGGUGUGACUGUGUGAAUGCGUCGCGUACUCUCAUCGCAUGAGUUAACUGUGACGAUGUGAAUGCAGCACAGAUGAAAGGUGGAUGUGACUGAACAUUUUUUACCAGUUGCUCGGUAGAUGUUCAGUCACAUGUUGGUCUUUUGCAAUCUCAGUCAAAAGCAGGAGUGAAUCGUCGAGAGUAACUACACAUUUCUAUUGCUGAAAUGAAAAAAAAAAAAGAAUUGCGGCCUGCAGAUCCUCUGCAGGCUUCUGCUGCUGUACAUCUCUCUUGCAAAAUCUAUGUUGUUCGUAGCUGCAGUGCAAUGUAGCGGGAUGUUUGUAAUGUGUAAUGCAAUUGCUAAGGUAAUGCCACAUUGCUGCAUAUUGCUUCACAUGCCUCGUACACGUCGUCACCCUCAUAUAGCGGCACAGUGAUUGUUCUCAGAUGUGGAAGCGCAUAACGGGUUGUUCCCUCGAUAAAAAGAUGCUGUGACUACGCGUGAUAUGUUCCCGGUCAAAUGUGUGCCUAUGAAUUCAGCAGCAUGCACUUCAGUUAGCAAUGGUACAAAAGUCACGGGAAUUUCUUGACAGUUAUCGCAGAAGCACCUGGACAUGUUCCCGCCCGUCACAGAGUACUAUGUAGAUUGCGUUUUCAAUUCAUAAAACUGCAGGUAAGGAUCGGUGAGCUACACAGGAAUUAAAUUAUCUGACUGUACUAGUGUACAUGUAUUCUAAUUUGGCUGCUGUUUAGUCUAUUGUUACAUAGCAGCAUGAAUGUGUGCGCCACACUUUCCGACCAUGUCUCAAAUGAGUGCAAGUUGAAGCCCAUGGAAGCUGUCCUCAACUAGAUAUGCGUGGGUACAUGAAUGGACUUAAUGUGGUGUUUGAAAAGGUACAGCCAUUGGCAUACCCGUUAUCUUUGAUUGUUGGAUGUUAUCAUUACACUGCUCAAUUCGAAGUGGCCGUCUGUAUGCGUAUAAAUCUCUUCAGUCUUGAAACACCUGCAUGUUCUGGCGAUGGAGUACUUGCUGCCAAUAGUCUUGUGCUUAUGGUCCAAUUUUCUGUUCUAGCAAGCUUGGGUUGCAUAAUACUGACCCAAACAGGAAGCUCUAUCUCUCUCCUAUUCUUUCGUAUUCCCCUAUUCCCUUCCCUGUCGUGCCAAGCCAGUAUGCUCCCCUGCGGGCUACAGAAAAUAUUGCCAGCUUUCUUUUUCUAACAAUAACCAAUAACCCCCCCCCUCUUUCGUUGUUUCCUUUCUUUAAUCCCAGAAGGUGUUGUGGUUGCCUUGGCUUCCUGGUAAAUGUCCGAACUAUGCACAGCCAUUUGGCUGCAAUGGACUUGGUGCUUCAUUGACGCCCAGGCCCUCGUCAGUGUAUUGACAUUGAACAUUGUGCAUAAUUGAGCCGUUCUGGCUUCUGUUCAUCGAGCUUUACAUCACGCUGUUGUUAUAGUGGAAAAUAUCCUAGUCACAAUGAGUUAAGUUUGUUAUUAAGAAUUAUUAUAAAGCCAGCUCCCCUAAUUGCACCAUAAGGGAGAAAGUCUUGUGCAUGAUUUCAGCAGCUUUGCUUAGGACUCGGUUCUUGCACAAAUGAUAGCUUGUAGCGAGUUUAUAUUUACAGUUUUUUUGUCUUGUAAUAAUGUUCAUGCCUUGCUUUCUUUUUUCUAGUGGUUUGUAAUAGUCCAUUUAGUGAAAGUUUGUAUACAUACUUUCCACAUUCUGUAGCAGAUCAUUUCUGUUUGAUCUUUUGUGUGGAAGUAUAUUUUAUGGUAUAAAAUUUUUAGUGAUAGCUUUUGUGUGUGCGCAUGCCACUUGAAGAACAAAGGUGUCCAGUAAGCGAAAGGUGUGGCUCUCAUAGCUGAGUUUUCUGCACCCAGUGCAAAUGUCUCCCGGGCCGAAAUUUCCGUUUUACGUGAGUACUACAUCCUCAAGGAAAUGCUUCAAUUCAUUCAAGUGUGGUUGCUGAUUUGAAAACCAACUCAGUCAAGCUGCUUUAAUGCUAGAAUUUCUCGCCGUGCCUGUGUGAUGUUAACCGCAUUGGCAUCUAUUUCAUAGAACCCUGCUUUGCUCUUGAAACAUUCCUUACAAGUGUGGUUUUCAUUGAAAACAUGGUUUGUUUUGUCAUACCGACAAUACAAACAACUACAUUAAUCAGAUUCUAACAGAUUCUAAACAUGAAGGUGUGGCUGUUCUGUGGGAACGUCAGUAACUUGUGGUGUUUGUUGGUUUGACUGAUUUUAUGUCGGAAUGUACGGUGUGCAAAUUACAGUGACGUGCGUCCAGCAUUCGAGCGAGCCACGGUGGUACACUGCAAAUGGCGAUAAGUGGCCAUGCAACAAGACACAUUUAAUUGGCAUCGGAUGGGCAGCCACAUACUUACGACAGUUGUGAACCCAGUUAAACUUUCCUUUCCCAAUUUCUUUUUAUUCUUCAGCUACAGCUGGCACACUUGGUGGAGAGCCAUUUGUGCCAACAUUGUUGACACAAAGGACACGAUGAAAACAUUAGCAUUUGAAUGGAACGUGAAUUGAGCAGGCAGGCAAUUCUCCCUGUGAUCCGACAUAUGACUAGUCCGACAUAUUACCAUCAACCACGUGCACCAAGAUUAUGCUAAAACAUUUUGACGAGCUUGUUAGCUCACAUUCAGCAGCUUCAGUUGUGCAGCCCCAUCAUUGCAUCCUUAUGUGGUUGUGCUUUUUACGCAUACUAUUAAAAAGUUCACGACAGGUUCAAAACACGACAGAUUCCGCCGUAGGAACGAGUCGAAAGCUUGUCGGACAUGCUUGUUGCUACGAGCGAUCUUGCGUCGGGGGGCUGCAUGUAAUAUCAUACUGUGUCUCUGGUGCUUUGUUGCAUUAUUCUGGCUUCGAUACUCCAUGCUAAGUUGGACAGCAGUGCACAAAAUGUUUUAGUUGCAGAAAUUUAAGUCUGCCCAUGUGUUUGUGUAUAUAUAUACUGUCUUAGUUCAUGAAACGCUAAUGCCGCAUGCAUAACAAUUGACGCAGUUGGAAGAAGGGCCCCGAUGUCGCAUGCUUCUGUAGCACCUUUCUCAUUCUUGCGAGGCUGAAAUGUGCAUUCUUGCAGGAAAGGAAAGAGCACCCACACUGUCCUCCAAGUCAACUGGUGGGACGAGACAUUUGUGCGCCACAUGCUGUGUAUCAUAUGAAGCAUUAGUGUGGCUUGAGUCUGGUGUCGCUAAUUAAUGUUGAAAAGCCCAUAUUCGCCAGUCAUCUGCCAGACAAGAGCCCAAUUCUCGCUCCAGGAAGCUCAUUUUUGUGGCACAGUCGAUGUGCAUGCGUCUCUGCAGAAUACAUCUUGCCCCAGUGAGCAGGUGCCCGUGUUUGAGAAUUGUAAGUUUUGCAUCACUAAUGUGUUGCAGCAGUUCUGGAGUACUGGAGAAAGAAUCAACACCUAUUCCUCCGCCAGCCGAACGGCCCAGUGUGAGGAAAAUGCAACUGUUCAAUUCAUUCUCUUCUCUUUGCACAGUGUUUUCAGUGCUGUACUCUUGAAAACGAGCGCUACUACAGCAGUUAAAAAUGUGUGCCUCAUUUUAACAAGCUUGCUGCUUUUGUUCUGAGGUUCAAGAUAACGUGUCUCCUUUUUGUUGCCACUGAUUUUGAUGCUGAGAAAGGGUGUGAUGAAUGUGGGACAAUGUUUUGCUUAAAGAGAUAGGAUUAUUGUUAUGUAUAAUAAAACAUUUUCCAAAUUAUUCAAA